AUGCGAACCGAGGCACCAACAAGCUCCUUAACAGUAGAACGAUGGAAACCUCUAAUUCCUGUGAUGAGCAAAUCUAACCCCGAACUGUUUGACCAGCAUAAAGGCAAACGGAAUAUUGCUUCACAGCUUCGUACGGACUACGUAGUUCGUAAUGCUAGGUUUAUGUAUUCGACUUAUAAACGUCAAAUUGUACAUACUUCACGUGGAAAUCUCUCGGAAUAA